AUGACCACACCCACCAUCCCCAAAUUCAGCCCUGGAGAAGCCGUCAACGAAGAAAAUGGCCUGAUCCACGGUGUCUCAGCGCAGGAGCUGCAGAUUCUAGGGGAGCAAUGCUUUGAUGCACGUGAGAGGGCUUAUUGCCCUUACUCCCUCUUCCGUGUCGGCGCCUCCCUCCUCCUCAACACCUCAAACCCCACCGCCCCCUCCACAACCCACAUAAUCACGGGCGCAAACGUCGAAAAUGCCGCCUACCCCGUCGGCACCUGUGCAGAGCGCGUCGCCAUGGGCACAGCCGUAAUAGCAGGACACCGACUCGGCGCCUUCAAGGCCGUUGGCGUCACAACCGACAUUGUGGAUUUUUGCUCUCCCUGCGGCAUGUGUCGCCAGUUCCUGCGAGAGUUCUUAGCGCUUGAGACACCGAUUUUCAUGUUUAAUAAGGAGGGCAAAUGGAUUGUGAGGACCAUGGGCGAGUUGUUGCCCCUGAGCUUUGGGCCGGAUGUUUUGCCCCCGCGGGAAGAGUUGAGGAAGGGGCAGGAGGGUGAUAAGGCGAAGACUGCUUAA